AUGGCUGCCACCGCUACAAAUCUACCUCCUGCGAGUGAAAUACCUGCGAGCUUUACCGCGAGCUUCCGCAGCUGGUGGUCCACUGGCGGCGAGAAGCAAAGUGCAGCGAGCGAAGAGCGUUUAUUGAGACGGCUGCCCUUCUUUCGCUCCGGAUAUGCGUCCAAGCCAAAUGCUGCCGCUGAAUUUAGCGAGAGUGACGGCCCUCUAGUCGCAUUCAGUUCCAAAGUGGACUUAGACACCCCGAAACAUUAUCUCAAUAUGUUCACCAUGACCUCAACGACACCUGCACCCUCAGGUCCUCCGCCCGCUGUUCUGCUCCAUGGUUACGGAGCUGGGAUAGGAUUUUACUUUCAGAACUUCCUACCAUUAGCCAACUGGGCGAAUCGAAGAAAGGGCACAGUGUACGCUUUAGACUGGCUAGGCAUGGGUCGAUCGGCACGCGUACCAUUCACCGUCAAAGCCAAACGUGACGACAUCGCAGGUCGUGUGCAAGAAGCCGAAUCCUUCUUCGUCGAUUCCUUGGAGCAAUGGCGUGUCAAGAUGGGCCUGGAGAAGAUGACUCUGAUCAGCCACUCGCUGGGAGCAUACUUGAGCGUCGUCUACGCAUUAAAAUACCCUACGAGGGUUAACAAGCUUAUCCUGCUCUCUCCUGCUGGUGUACCCCGCGACCCGAAUUCCACCGUCCCCUCUAGAGAACUCUCCGAAUCCCAAGAUACCAUCCAUUCAGGAUCCGCGGAACCCGCUACCAAACAAAACGUAGACAAGAUCAAGGCCGAGCAACGCGCUGCGCAGCGGCAGGAGUCGCGGUCGAGACGCCUGUUCACCUAUUUAUGGGAAGAAGGAUGGAGUCCGUUUCAGGUUGUUCGCUCGACGCUAUUUUUGGGGCCGAUGCUAGUUGGGAAAUACUCGUCUCGUCGGUUUACGGGGCUCUCGGAGGAGGAGACCAGGGAUAUGCACGACUAUAUCCUCAAUAUCACGCUCGCUAAGGGAUCGGGAGAAUACUGUAUAUCACAUUUGUUGGCUCCUGGUGCCCAUGCUCGAUCGCCCAUUGUGGAUCGUAUAGACAAGCUGAAGAUACCUAUUACCUUCGUUUACGGCGAUCAUGACUGGAUGGAUCCCCAAGGAGGCGUUCAAUCCGUUGAAAAUCUUAGACAAGCAGGCAACGGCCAAGGCAAGAUGUAUGUCAUCAGCCACGCCGGCCAUCAUGUAUACCUCGAUAACCCAAAGGCUGUGAACGAUCUAUUGGUCAAAGAACUCGACCGCACGUAG